UGCAACACGAUCCUGUGGUGUUUGCUUGAGCCUCAUGUUGCAGUGGAUUUUCAGGUUUAACGUUGUGUGACGUGACUGACUGACGGUGGGUGUUGUGUGGUUCUGAUCUUCAGAUAGACACCAGGAUGGCAGCUGAAGGGGCCACUGAAGGGGCCACAGAGAAGAGGGCCAACUUGGUGGCAUCUAAAGUCAUGUGGAGUAACAGGGAUGACAUACCUAUGUCAGCACCAGAACAGUCGCAUGGCAGUGACAGAGCUGGAAUCUGUAGACAGAACAGCGUCCAACAGUGGCUUAGAAGUCAUGAGGCGGAUGCAAAACCAGACCACACCAGAGAAGCUGCAGCAGGGCUUCUAAAGAGGAACGCCAGCAGUGAGGAUGACUUAGCGUUGGGCGUCGAAGCGUCUUUAUAUGGUAAACAGGGAGUGAGGACCGUCCAGGAAUUUCUGAGGAGUUCCAGGUCCAGCCCAGUUCUCACCAGGUGGAACAGCCUGACCUCAGCCUUCUCAGCACAGUCAGCUCCACUCAGUGUAAUGGAUGUGCUGAACCUGUGGAGUGACGACCCAGAGGAGGUCCUACUAGAUCUGGGCUUCGGCUGUGACGAGCCUGACGUCUCUGGACGGAUCCCAGCUCGCUUCAUCAACAACCAGUCCAGCGCCCGGGGAAUCAACAUCCAGGUGUUCCUGGACGCCCAGAAGAACCGCAUGGACAUAGAGAACCCUGACGUCAGCAAUAGGUUCAGGCAGUUGGAGGUGCUGCAGCAGGUUACCACUGCGUUCUCAUCCCUGGUCGGUGGUGCGUCUACAGACUCCCCCUCCCAGAGCGGAGUUCCAGCUUUAGCUUCAGCCGAGGCCAGGGAGAAGAGGAAGAGGAUGGGCAUGCUGCUCCGCCGGGUCUCCAGAAAAACCCUCAGCCAGACCCAAAUCCAGACCCAGGACUCCCAGGACACAAACCCCACUCCCCACAGUCCUGUAGCCCACCUACAGCAGCCUCCGGCCGGCCUCCCUGACAGGCGGACCCCGCUGAAACGAGCCAGACAAGGCCUGGCUGAGAGUAUAUGUCUGACCCCACUCGUAGAGGAGCAAGGUCUAGCCUCGGAAGCACCAGAGUCCCCCUCGGUCCCCCAGCAGGCCCAGGAGGGUACGCUCAGACUGGAGGUGGGGAAGGAGUACCAGCCCCUGACCUCCAGUGGUAUUCCAACCAGAAAGAAAAGUCAUGGGGAGGCCAGGGAGUCCUUUGAGAUGGAGGAGAUCCAGAGCUUUGAUGAGGGCAGUAUUUCUGGGAGCUACAUGGGAGCAUCCGACACCACAGCAGUGUGUGUGAUGAGGACUAACAGCUGCCAGUCUGACAGCAGUGGAUUCCUGGAAGAGCCCUUCAUCCCUUCCUUUUCCCAGCAUCCCUCACCUGGACCCGAGCUCAUGAAGGCUUUGUCGGGAAUAUCUGGAGGCAGCACUGACAGCCAGAUCACUGUAAGAGGAGCUUCACUUGACCGCCCCUCUCCCACCACCCCUUCACCCCCCUCGUCCCCCCCAUCCACUUCCCUGGACCCCUCCUCUCCUUCCCUCUCCACGUGCCACCCAAGACCAGAGUCUCCUCUAGACAGACCAGAGACAACAAGCCCUACAGAGGAGACACCCAGAAACCAGGAUUCCCCCACAGCCCACUCCCUCCUCUCUGCUUCUCCUGAUGCCUUGGAGAUGACUAAUUCUGCUUUUGGACUCAGGCCAAGCCUAAUGGAAAAGACUGUCACUGGGGAAGAUGGAUUCUCUUCGGACUGUGGUGCACCUUGUCAUAAGCCAGACUCUCCGUUACGGCACGUUAUUAUUAUUAUGAAAACAGACACAGAGACAGAACACUUUACUGUGGAAUCAAAGGAAGCUGUUCCAAUAGUAGGAGAGGAAAAUAACAUAGCGGAACAAAGUGGCAAUGUUCAGACAGAAACAGAGGCUGUUGGUGAUCAGGACACCGAUUGUUCUGGGUCACAUGAAGGCCCUCUGAUGGACUCGGUGGUUCUGGUGCAGAUGAAGAAAGAGACGGAGAUGAAGACAGAAGUACAGAAGAGUUCUGGUUCAGAAGGUCCAGUGUUGGGUCCUGUUGCUGUUCCUGAGGUGGUGGAUCAAGGCUCUGAGACUGGUUCUGUUUGUCAGGACCGGUCCUCUGAAGAUCCUCUAUUAGGAUCUGACCCUAACCUCUCAGCAGAGCUAAUCCCUGCCUCUUCUCUCUCCCCAGCAGAGCCUCUCUCUGUCUCCUCUCCCUCCCCAGUGCACUGGGAAACAGGUGGCUCAGAGAUUUCAGAGGGAUCCUCAAGCUUGGUUGUCCAUGAGCCUGUCCCACCACCAGAUCAACCAACAAACCCAUCUACAGACCCAUCGACAGACUCACCUACAGGCCCAGCUUUAACCUCACCUUCAGAGCAAGUGUCACCCCCAUCUCCAUCCCCAGCCUCAUCCCCACCCCCAUCUCCAUCCCCAGCCUCAACCCCACCACCAUCUCCAUCCCCAGCCUCAUGCCCACACCCAUCUCCAGCCUCAGCCUCAGCUUUUCCGGCAGCAUCCAGCUCAUCUCCAACCCAAGCCCCUUCCCCAAUCCCAAACCAUUCUCUAUCAACCCUAACCACAACACCAACACCAACUUCAUCCUCAAUUCCAAACUCACCAUCAGCCCACUCCUUAACCGUAGCUCCAUCUCAAACCCCAGCCCCAGCCCAGGCCCCAACCCCAGUCAUCCCCCACAGAGGUGCUUUCAGGUCAGGCCGGUCUGUGUCUGUCCAGAUGCCCUCCUCUCUGCCCUCUGUCUCCCACUCUGCCAUCCGGAGCGGUGGCGUCCCCAACACCCCCUCCCCGCUCGGCCUUUCCUUCGAGACCCGCCCCCUGACUGACCUGACGCUCCGGCAGAGGCGGAGCUCCUUCUCCAGGAAGGCGUGGUCAGAUGCUGAAGCCUCCCACUUUGCAGAACAUGGAAACACUGCGGUUGCCAUGGCAAAGGCAGUCAUGACGCCUGAGACGAUAUCCCUCCCGUCCCCCUGUCCCUCCCCCUCCCUGUCAUCGUCCAAUCGGUGGCUGUCUCGCGACGGUUCACGAAGAUCCGGAAGUUCCCAGAUGAAGUCCACCUCCUUGGACACAGGGGUGUGGCAGGAGGAAGAGGGGGAAGAAGUGGGGGAUGAGGAGGAGGAUAGACGGUGGGAAAGAGCCCUGUUCUCUGGGCUUUCCUGCUGCUGCUCCUGUGAUAAUCGCUGUAGCUGCUGUUCUCAGAACAAUCGCCUCAAACCGUCCUCCGCUUCAGCUUUCCCUUACUCCCUGGAUGAGCUGGAGGGGAUGAUGCGCUGUAUGAGGAAGUUCCGCUGCGUCCUGACAGACAUCGAGGAACAGCUGUCAGAAAACCAGGCCUCGGUGUACAGCUCACUCUCUGACACUGACAGAGAGGAAGUGCGAGACAUCUUGGAGCUGAGGAGAGCUGUGAAACAGGAAGCAGGAGAGUUGGAACUGCAGCUCACUGACCUGGUUCAUCGCUAUGACGACAGCUUCAAAAUGAAGAUGCACAGACUACUCGAUGAACAAUCCCACCUAUACACCCAGCUGAGGCUCCUCCCCCUGACCCCCACAACCACAUCCACCCCUGGCUCCGCCUCCUCCAGGAGCAUGGCCACUCAGUGCUGCCUGCUGCCUUGGCUGCCUUUGACGGACAUGUCCAGGCCAUGCCCCUCAUCGCAGGCCACCUGGGAGUUGGAGUCCAGACCAACUCUGACAGAUUCCGGUUCUAUGGGCCAGAGGCUAAAACAUGGUUCUACAGGCACCAAGCCAGACAAACUGGACAUUGUGGGUUUCAUCCAGAGACUGAAGGAGUCCAUACGCCACUCUGUCAAUACUGACUCACUGGAGUAAAAGAGAGAUGAAGCUUCUGCUGUAGCUAACUGAAGAUGAUCUGCUGUCUAAGUUAUAGUGUGUGCAAUCAACCUGGACUCAGGGGUAGAUGGAACAUAAUAAACGUAAAUCUGUCUCCCUCCAUUAAGUAUGAUAUGUUACGUGUCGUAUGGAAUUUAUUUAUUUGUAGAUGUCCAUCAUCCAUUUGUUAUGAUAUGUUAUGAAUAAUAAUGUGAUAUGUUUUGUGCAAUAUGUUACGAAUUUGCAAUAAGUAUAUGUCACGAAUUCCGAUUUGAUGUAGCUAACCCUAACGUUAACUAGGUGGCUAACGUUAACUAAACUAGGGGUUAAGGUUAGGGUUAAGGUUAGGAGUUAGGUAAAAGGGUUAG